AUGGAAAGUCAAUCGCCAACACCUGGACCGCUGCAAUCAGAUCUCAUCGAUCAACAGAAUGUAUUGGGCGGCGAUUCGGAAGAUGGUUCGGCGACAGCUCCGGCUCCACCACAAACACCAGCAGAGCGAGCCCGAGCGACCAUCUCACAACCCAACUUCCCUUCGUCCAAUUAUGAUUUUGCACCAUUUCUCACGGCGCUCUAUGAAGAAAAUCGGGACUUGGGUAUCCCAGCUUGGGACGAUGAUAAGGACCCCAUAAACAUGGGUGGCAAGGGCCACGACCACGUAAAAGGACCAAGAAGGACGCCAAGGAGGCCCGGCAAAGCAGAAUCGAAAUACAUGGUCUAUGUACCCUCUUGGACCUCCCCAGAAUUUGACAUAGACAGGGAGCUCAAGCUCCCGGAAUGGACAUGGAGGGCGCGGCCGAGACGUGAUGCGACUCAACGGCUUCGUCCGGCACUGUUACCUCAAGAUAUCCUGCGAAACCCAACCGAUUAUGCGAAACGCUGGGGUAUGCACCCGGACCGCCGGGACGGGCGGAGCCGGCUAAGCCCAGCUAAUGCCACUUCGCGGAAGCUGACUGGUAUCUUGCAAGCUCAAUUAGACCAGCUGCCUCUGGCGGAAAAGGUUUUGUUGAGAGACGAAACUGCAAAGCGGCAAAAUAUUUCAAUCGAUCCUGACUCUGAACCCGCCCUUGAGAUCAAUGGACGAGCCGCUGUCGACGUGGAUGUCUUUGAAGAUUACAAGAGAGUGAAAGGCAUGCCCCGAAUAGCGGACAUCGUACAGGAUCCGGUGGUCCAAACCCAUCCGUUCGACAUGGUCGCAGCCGGGCUUACCCAUGAAGCACGAGAAUACAGCAAAGGGCUCAUCCAAAUGAUCCAGGAUGAUCAAGACUGGCAGCGCCUACUUUUUCAUGAUAUGACGACAGACGAACUCAUCCGGCAGAAUGUCCAUACCAUGUCGAAUGCUGAAACAUGCGACUUGGAUUUGACAGAGCCGCUGCAUCCUUUAGUAAGGAGGGAUUUAUGGGUAAAUUGCGAUCACACGGGCGGUGACAGGUACAACCCACGCUUUGUUUACUCUAUGGGUGGAAUUCGUGAAGAGUGGCAAGCAGCCGAUAACGAUCGAGUUUGGGAUGCUUUGCAGCCAGCCCUGCAAAUUGUUAGCCGUAUCCUCAGGCAGCGUCCUCGUGUAUGGGAAGCCCUGAAAGACCUCCGCACUCGACAGAAAAUUGACAGCAGCUAUGAUACCAGGGAGGAUCCGAGAACAACCCAUCUCGUCAAAAUGGUGGCUGUCGACGACAUCAAUCUUGACCUAUGCUGGGAGCCUGUUCAGCGUCUGACCGAGUUGGGAUUCAACUCUGUCCAACGUGUCGAAGAGGUCUUGGAUGGAGCUGUGACUUAUACUAUCGGUACUGGUUUCAUGGAUCUGUAUGGGGGAAAUAACAAAGAAGAUGCUUUCACUUACGGAAUAACCGGCGGCUUCGAAAGCCAAGAUAUAGAGAUCAGGCUUGCAGCUGAGCUAGUGUGGCCUCUGCUAGUUCCAGAAUAUAGCAACAGUGAGAAGCUCGCAGCAUCAUGGUCGGUUGCUUCGACGCUGUUACACGAGAUCAUGCAUGCGACGUCAUAUGCGGUCGCCGCGUUAUGCGUCGCCGAAGGGUUUUCGGCCAUCCACGCCCCUGGUCAGCCCCAGGAAAUCUCGAGGUUACUAGAAGAAGUUGGUACACAGAUGGUCGACAUGAAUUUCGGUAGCGGCGAACCGUUUUUCCAGGAUGACCUCUGGACCGAGACCGGUUUCGCCUUCGAAAUGGACCACUUCGGCCAAUUUUUUGGAUCCUUGGUUGACAAUGUAUUGCUUUCCAAAAUGAUCACCUACGUCCCGUUUGCAUUGAUGGGAUCAAGAUCUCCAUCCGCUGUGGAUAAUCUAGUGCUGCUGGACACGAUCAAGACAGCGGAUGUUUUCCAACAGCCUGUACCAAUCGACUGGUUUCACCGGUUCUUUCAAACGACAUUCUGGGAAAACGACCUCCCGAAAUGGGGCCCAGUUGCGUACAAGCUUCUUCCCCCUGAUAGAUCUUUGUUCACUUUGAAGAGCAACGCACAUUGGAACCGAGAAGCUUUCGUGACGAUAGUCGGCAGGGGAAACAUGAACUUUUUUAGGACUGUUUGGGGACUAUUGGGCGAGAACGGCUUGGACAUACUUGCGAAGUAUUGCAUGUAUAGCUUAUGGGAGAUCCGAGACUAUUCGAUGAUAUCGUCGCGGUGGAAUUCGCAAAUGGAAAUGUGGAAGGAACAUAGCGACGAGGCAGUAUUCCCGAUUCCCCGAGCACUGGAACACUUCAAUGUGGAUUUAAGAGUGGCGGGAAGCAUCCUGAAAUGUUUCUUGCAGAGAGAAGAGGCCACGACGCAAGCUUGGUGGUAUGACCAGUAUCCAAACGAUGGGGCGGUGAAUCGAGGCAGUGAGUCAACCGCAGAUUGGUGCAAACGAAUAGAACGGUUUUUCCAGAUAUACUGGAAGGCAGAUGGCGGCAUAAUCAUCAGGCAUGUGGUGGAAAUUUACACGUUACUCAGGAGUGAUGUCGAGAAGCAACUGUUGUAUGCGUACGAGUACUUCAGUGUCAACAGGAACGGGCGGCGCUUUCUGUACCAAGGGCGUGGGAGGAACCGGGAACCGCUGACGUGGAUUCUGGGAUUCCUCAAUGCCGACAGAGAGGCAGCCGAUGAAGUCCUCACUGUCCUGGACAGUGGCGUCAAUCUUCCGAGCUCGGGGAAUAUUAACAGCGGCAGCUGGCAGGAGUGGCGACAACGGUUCGAGCUCAUCCGAGACACCGCAAUUGAGAUGCUGAAGCAGGUGCAAGCUGAUUUCCACGACCAACUGAGCACCGAGGAUGUCCAGGGGUUGCGUGAUAGGAACACGCUGGUACCUUCAUCGUUCGCGAGGACGAAACUCGACAAGAUACGGAAACUAGCCCAACGAGAGGCCAUGCUUGUCGACCAUCGUAUAAGAGACGCGUUGAUGGAGUUUGAUAGGAGAGUCAGCAUCUUCAAGCAGAAUUCGAUCGAAACCUUGUUCCCUGACGGCACGCCUUCGGUCGCCGACUUCCAGAUCCCGAGCUUAGACGAUGCUGCAGUGCAAAUUUUGUCUAGUGGGAAUCCGAUAUCUUCACUACCGCCGCAGGAUACCAAUCAAUCAGGGCAGGCUUCUGUGCCGUCCAGCGGAGAUGCACGUGUCGACAUGAUGAACGAGAUCAAUAGGCAUCUACCUUGGCUCAACAACAGUUCGGGCCGGCGGAGGCCGCCUCUACGUGACGCAGUAUCGUCGACAUUGUCUGGCCGUAUUUCCAAAUCCUCAUGGGGUGGGACGACUGAUCAGAGUAGAACCGGCUUAGGUUUGGCCAAUCCGAAGUUCUCCAGCUUUCUACCAGCUACCACCAACAUUCAGGCUCAGCUCCAUGGCGUGGUUCCCCAAUCCACCAUCCCUGGCCCACAGGCUGCAAACCAGUUCAAUAGGGCCGCUGGACCGGACUUGCAAGGAAGGGUUGAUAUGAUGGGUAGACCAAUUACCGCAGCGCCCGCGACGUAUUCUGUCCUAUACAGCGACCCUUAUGCCGGGCCGAGAAUCACCACCGCCGACAGCCAGUUUGCUAUGCAACAGCAACAACUGGAGCAAAUAAAUGCUGCUGCAAGUGGAAACGGGCCACCAAAAUUUGGCGGUUUCAGAGAUCCGCCAGUCGUAGUCACGGAUGAUUCCUCGGAUGAUGGUGUUCAAUAG